UUCAAUUUGCAUCGCAGAGUCUGUCAGUCAGUCUGCAAACGGAGACGCUCGUGAAAGCUUCAGCGAUCGGAUCCAGACUAUUUUACACGCCAGCCAUGAACAAGCUUGUCUUUUCAACCUCUGUAUACCAGGAGCCGGCCGUCGUCUUCUCGCAAAAAGGCCAGGCUCUUCUGAUAUUCGCUGGAUGGAAAAAAGGAACAGCUAAGGCAUCGUCCCGACUGCUGGUCAUGAAGAGAGGAGUAGUGAGCAGGGCGCCUGACAACAUCUCUGUCGAGUGGGUGGAAAAGAGGACUCUGGAGGAAGCGCGCCUCGAAGGACACCGCUCCACCACCCCCUGCCCAGUGUACGACCAGAAGAAUGACAAACUCUUUUUGUUUUUCACCUGCGUUGAAGACACCGAAUCGCAGGAAGAAACCGAGAGCAGCAAGACUCGCCUCUGCUUCAUCACAAGUGAAAACCUCGGUGAAACCUGGAGUCAAGUGAACGAUUUGACCGAACAUCUGCAAGAAAACUGCGUCGCUUUUUCUGCGGGACCGGGUCACGGCCUGCAAACGGAGAGCGGGAGACUGAUCGUUCCGGCUCACGUUUACAUCCAGGAGGAGGGCACCGACGGUGAGCCCGUUCCUCACAUGGCCGCCCUCUACAGCGACGACGACGGUGAAUAUUGGCAGUUUGGCACCACCUUCUCAGACAGGUCAACUAUCUGUCAAAUGGCAGAGGUGUGGGAGAAUGAUGCCAUGCUCAUCUACUGCAGCACACUUGUGGAGGGAGGACUUCGCGUGGAGGCCUUCAGCAGUGAUAAUGGACUCACUUUUAACACUCCUGGAGGUCAGAAGUCACCGAAACUGCCUUCAAGCUGUCAGGGAGGUGUGGUAUCCUUUCCAGCUCAAGAGGAGGACACGCAUGAAGGGAGCCAGACCCCCCACAAGUGGCUGCUCUUUUCCCACCCAGCCAGCGCCUCCACCAGAGGCGAUUUAGGAGUGUACGUGAACACGUCUCCGUCUGACCCGAAGGCGUGGACCAAACCCUGGGUAAUCCACAGAGGCCCCAGCGGCCACUCAGACCUGGCCUACAUGGGCAACGGUUGCUUCGCUUGUGUGUUUGAGGUGGGCAAGAAGGAGGACACUAACGAGGUGGCGCUGAAGAUUUUCCACUACAGCAACAUCAAGCCUGACGCUGAGGGGACUCGCAUCUGUAUCAUCUUCUAGACCAGUCGCUCUACUCCGACUGUUUCAGGAAUAAAAACUAUUUCAGUUUGAAUCGCA